AUGUCCAAAUCUUUUUUACUUACACGUACUACUUGCUCUUCAGUCAAGCCAAUCGAACGGGCUGCAAAGUUCGAUGGAAACGCUUUCUUGGAAAUCUCCGCGGACGAGUUCCCUCAUUUGACCUCUGAAAAGCUAGAAACUGUCGAUCUCAAAUUCAAGACAACGGAAUCUGAAGGGGUGAUCUUCUGGCAAGGACAGCAGCCAGGUACAUCUGUUGUUGGAGAAGAUUACUUUUCGGUCGGAUUGUCAAAUGGACAUCUGCAUUUCUCGUAUGAGCUAGGAGGAGGAGCUGCCUAUAUGGUCUCUGAGUCGAGAGUCGAUGAUAACAAGGAGCAUCACAUUCGUCUUGAAAGACAAGGCCGUCGUGGAGUUUUGAAAGUUGACAACCAGGUCGAACGGAGUGGCGUCAGCAGUGGUAUUCUGGCAAUGCUAAACGCUGAUGGGAAUAUUUUCAUAGGAGGAGUACCUGACGUCUACAGGGAUACAGGAGGACUUCAUUCCAAAAACUUCAUCGGAUGUAUCGCUGAUGUAGCACUGAAUGGCGAAAUAAUUGAUCUUAUGGGUACAGCUAUUGAUGGAAAGAAUGUAAAACCAUGCGACGAAUGGAUUUCUCCUAGGAGGAGGUGGUUAAAGGGCCGAAGGUACGAAACUUCGUAUAGCUGA